UUUUUUCUUUACUUUUAAUAAACCCAUUUAAAAUAUUUUUAAAAGUUAUAACUCUACAAGCUUUUAUGGUAUCUAUGAUAACUUUUAUCAAUAAAGCGGCGACAAAUAAAAAAAUAAUUACUUUAUGUUUCACCUAGAAGUUUUUAAAUACAUAUUAAGAUACAUGCUGUUUAUGUAAGCGUAAAAAGUCUUUGUACUAUCAUAAGACUGUAAGGAAUUAAUACAUUAAUAUAUUCACAGAUAUAAAAAGAUUGCAAUAAUCUUUUGUAACCAGUGAAAACGAAAAAGGGUUAAAAGGUUAAUGUAAGGGCCAAUCGAUUUAUCGGUUUCACCAAACGGCCACGAAAUCAUGGAAUCUUCAUCGGCGAUCGGCGUGCACGUUGCGUGCCAUCGAUCGAUUCGAUAUAAACAUCGGGAAUAUCGUAAAAUUAUUGAGACGUCACACCUAGCGCACUUGCGGCUCGGGUGACGUCGGAUUACCCGUAAAUUUGUUAAACGUUUGCAUAAGUCGUCGCCACCGAGAUUUAUGCGAGUCGCUUCUACAUCUUUCACAGAUCGGGCAAGCGAGCAGCGCCUCGCGCGAUCUGAACUCGCGCGAUGGCACAGAAGACAGAAUAGAUUGGAUUUAUAUCCCACUCAUCCUCACGUCGCGUCUAUCUCUCUCUCUCUCUCUCUCUCUGGCAGCCAGCACUCGGUCCGAUUACCGGCAGGCGUAUUUCUUCACAUCCACCUUUCAUUCGUAACUACAAACUCGGUAAUUGGUUCGAUACACUUCGGGUCCGCGGGAUGAGAUCAGCGUUAACCUCCCUUCGCCCUCCCCUGCGUGCGCAAGGCGCCUUUUUUUUUUCAUCCGAUCAGACGGUUCGAAAGUGCGGCGUCGGAUUUCGAAGGCCGUCUCUCUUCGGAAUCGAAUCGACCGGUAGGGAGGCAGGGGGGAGGGCCGUAGGUAGAUCGAGCGCUUCCCUAGCGAGAUGAGAAAAUGUGUCGAGGAUCGCGGGGAGCCCGCCGGCAGAUGCACCGGCGAAUUUUCCUCCGGAGCAUUUGCCUCCGCGGCAAAUGUGCAAUCGCAUUCUUGCUCGCGCGUGCAACGCGUCGGACGCGCGUUCACGCCGCCACGUGCCUGAGAUUCUUUUUAUCACACGGAGAGUACGCGAUGUCGAAAAUGUACGUCCGCGCCGACGGAGGCCGAUUGCUCAAUCGUCCGGCGAUGAUUCGCGAUGGUUUGGAGAGGCUCAUGCACGCCUCGCGCGCGGGGCACGGAAAUGUUCUUUUUUUUUCGGCCUAUCACUUUCUGACACGUCGAUUCAAUUGUAUCCUUUCGAUUUUAUCUGUGCGAUAGGAAUGCGGACGGAUAAGUUUCUUUUUUUUUAGCGGAUAUGCCUAUUCCCCUGAUGUACUAUAUAUUUUGCAUAGAAAUUAUGCGUAACGAAACCGUGUCAUCGAUAAAUUACUAUGGAAAUUUAAAUGUUCAAUUUUAAGCUCUAAUUUUGUGUGAAAUGGAUAGUAAUUAGAUAGAGAUAUGUUUCUAAUUUUUAUCUUAUUUUUUUAUGUUAAUACGAGCGUUAAAGUUACGCUCUAAUCUAUGUAUUGAUUCCCUUUAUAAUAUAUCCCUCUCUAAUUCUCUAUAAUAGCCGUGCAAAAUUUAAAAUAUCAAUUCUUGCAAAUUUAAAAUACCUUUCACUAGCCUAUCACUUUUUCCACGCCCAAACCUAUUAUUUCAAAUCAAUUGACAUAUGACGUACAUUCGUAUAAAAAAAAUAAUAUAACGUUAUAUUUGCUCAAAUAUAUUAUUUAUAAUAUCAUAUAUAAUAUCAAUAAAAUUCCAAUUUCAGAGUCAAAAUUAGUAGGCAUAUUUUGCAUUAACUAGAAUUCUUUUAUCUCUGUAUUAUUAGUUACUGAAAUUACACGUAAGCUUAAAAGAUUCUUGAAAAACAGAGGAUAAUUCACACAUUAAUUUCUAUUAAAAAUCCCUCCAGUUAACAAUAUUUAAAAAAUAUAAAAUGCUUAAUUAUUUUGGUUAAGAUUGUAUAAUAAAAAAUUUAAUUGUAUACAAUAUAAAUUUAUAAUAAUUAAGGUUCUCUUCUAAAACACCAAAUGUAUACGUUGUAACUUUUUUAAUAGCAGUAAAUUAACCGAAUCGCAGAAGAUUAAUUCAAGUGGUCAACAAGUCAUCCAAACGAUAAUCCUCCAGAUGUUCUAAGCUGUACUAAUUGUAUUUCGUUAAUUUAACAUUCACGCUAAGCCGGUGAUUCGGAUUUUUUUUCGACGCGCAUCUCUACGUGUCGAAAAUCGAUUUCUACGCGAUGCUCCCGGACACAGGUAUGUUCUACCGGUGCAAGAUGAUCCGAUAGAGAAACCGAAAGUCACGUGCGUAGCCCCAAUUAAAAUUUUAAAGCCAUUUCAGUCAUCAACGGGCUAUCUCUUCCCAUAAUGCAUCAUACAGAGUGAAGGGAAGAUGCGCACCUCUCCGCCUCCCACACCCUCCCACAGUGCGGCCGGUCGGUCAUUCUAAUGCGCUGGUUAAUACAUGGAGAUAUGCAGUACGAAGGAUAAACUGUAACAAAGGGUUUGCGUGGUAUAUAAACUCCCCGGAGAAUCAUCUUCUCAGUUCGCUUCGUGUCUUCGGUCCUACAGCAAUAUGAAUUGCCACCAGUUGGCCAAGCUGGUCUUGGUGCUGUCGUGCUUCGGCAGCGAUGUCCUGGCGGCUCUCCUGCCGGGUGGUGGCGCAGGUGCCGGGGGAUAUCAGUACAACCGACCGGGAGGUGGAGGAUACACUGGUGACACCGGUUUCGGGGGUGGUAGCCGCGGUGGCGAUUUUGGCAUCGGCAGUUACAGGGGAAGACCUAGCCAAGCUUACGGUGCGCCUGGCGGCGACUCCUUUGGCAGACCAGGUGCAGGUGCAUUCGGAGGACAAUCGUCGUACAGACAUCCGCAGUUCGGCGAGGGUGGCAGUGGAGGUUACCAUGAUAGUGGUGCCGGAGGACAUCAAGGAGGGUAUGGAUAUGGCGGACGCGACGGCGGAAGGCCGCAGCCGUACAGCUUCCACUACGAGGUUGUCGAUCCACCCAGUGGCAACGAUUACUCUCAUCGCGAGAGCAGCGAUGGUAAUGUCGUUCAAGGAGAGUACCGAGUCCUGUUGCCGGACUCGAGGACGCAGAUAGUUCGAUAUAUGGCUGACGACGUGAACGGAUACAACGCAGAGGUUCAAUACGAAGGACAGGCUCAAUAUUCUCGUGGUGGAUACGGAGGAUACGGAGGGGGAGGAGGAGGAGGAGGAUAUCAAGGUGGCAGUUAUCAAGGAGGCAGAGGUGGUGGUUUCGGCGGAUCUGGGGGUGGUUUCGGAGGCGGCUUCGGUGGCGACGGCGCCAGCAAUCAAUAUUUGCCACCGCACAAUUAUCACAAAUAAUCGUUUCGACUGGAGCUAUUUUACCAAAAUACGAUAUACCGCGUGCAUUUUCGGUGACAACCAUUACGGACCUCCUUUGUUUACGGCUUUUUAUUCUGAAUACGGUAAUCCCUCGCUCACACAUAUACACACGAGACAUGAACUCUCUCCCGAUCACCUGCAUCCACGUUUUCACUCCUUCACCUAUAUUUAACGAUUACACAAGAACUAAUUAGAAUAACUUGCAUAUGCAUGCAUGAGUGUAUGUAUUUAUAUAUAUGAUAUACAUAAUUUUGUACAUGGUAACUGUAUUAUCAAACUUACGCUUGUAUCUGCUGCUAAGCGAUCAUCAAACUUUUAUGUUAUGUACGUAUUUAUACGAGCUUGUAGUAAAACAUAAAUGAAGUAUUCUUCCUAUUUAACUUUAUAUUGUUUUAUCCUAAUUUAUCCUCCAUGUGUUUUUUUAGAUCUUUAAUCUAAAUAAAACUUUUUUUCAAUACGUCCACUUUAUUUUAAACAAUUUCCUGAAGAGUGCCAACAACUAUACAAAAGAUAAUUAUUUAUUAUUUACUUAUAUUAAUUCAUACUUGUGAAUCGUUGAUGAAAAAUUACAGUAUGUAAAAAUAUUGUAAUUACCGAGAUUCUCAUAUAAACGAUAC